GGGAGUGACGCCUGGAGAACUCUGACUCAACCGUCGCUCUACGACACGUCCGCCAUGGGGUUUUACUCUUACGGACCAGGGUACGGUGGCCUUGACCUUAACGCCCGCCGGAAGAACGCGACACGGGAGAGCACCAACACACUGAAGGCGUGGCUCCAGGAGCACAUCAAAAACCCGUACCCCACCAAGGGAGAGAAGAUCAUGUUGGCCAUCAUCACCAAGAUGACCUUGACACAGGUGUCCACGUGGUUCGCCAACGCCAGAAGGAGGCUGAAGAAGGAGAACAAGAUGACCUGGUCACCCCGGAACAGAAGCGAGGAUGGUGAUGACGAUGACGACGACGAUAACAAUUCUGACUGUGGUGACGACAAGAAGAGCACAAACAACAACAACAACAAAGAGCACAAAGAUGAGCAGAUUGACGUGGUGACCGAGUCCAGUGACCCGUCAAAGUCCGGCGACAAAAGACCGGACAUCUCGUCCUCCAAGAACCACGAGAACGAGAUCAGCCACUGCCGGCUGUCCCCGGAGCUUCCUCGAGGCCCCGCCUACAUCGCCGGUGACCACGCCCACCCGGACAUGGACGCGGGCAAGCCGAAGAUCUGGUCGGUGACGGACUUCCUGGGGUCAGCCCCCCACAAGGACGCCCUGGGCUUCCCCAAGCUCGACCCUCUCAAGCCGGACCUCACCCAGGGGAGUCUGGACGCCGCCAGGUCCAACUUGAUGCUGGGGCGGUCACCCACCGGCCCUAACGGCCUGUCCCCCAUCGCCACCUCCGCCCACCACAUAUCAGCGUACCAGUCGUCGCUGGGGUACACCCCCACCGGGUACCCCUACUCUCUCUCCUCCUACGGGGGUGGCAAGCUGUUGAGGCCGUCCGUUUCUACUGCUGUGUCACGCUUCAGCCCCUUCCCGUCGGUGCGCUCUAUCGGAAUGGACUCGCCCUACGUCACCAGACGUGACGUCAGCUUGGCAAGGGAAGGGGAGUAA